CUUAUCUGAAAUAUCAUCUGUUGCUGCAACUGGAUUGAAAAGCCCCCAUGACUGACACGGGUUUGAGUGUUUUUAAGGUGAUGUAGACUGCUAAAUAAGAAUAGUUUAUUCACCAUUAGAAAAUUUACUCCAGGUAAAAUGGACAAGAAAUUAUUAUUACUUUGUUACUUCUCUUAUCUCUACACGCGAGGCUAUGAUUUUGCUCUCAUUCAUCAUGAUUCUUCUACUCCGCUGAAUUGCCUGUUAUUGAUUCAGACUGCGCUUAAUAGCCGUAUUCAAGGCAAAAUUCCUACGUGAAGUGGUACUGAAGACAGCGGGAUACGUGAAUCGUGGAGGUAUUUCCCACCCUUGCUCUACGUUGAUUUUAUUCCUUUUCCAAGUGAAGGUAAAUGUUGAUGAUGGAGGACGACGAAUUAGACGCUCAUCAGGUUGAUUCGGAUUUUGAGCCUCAAAGCCGCCCUCGCUCAUGCACCUGGCCGCUGCCUUGUCCACAGGAUUUCCCGGUGGACGAGGUGAACGUAGGUCUUCCACUGGCUAACAUCAAGGUAGAACCAGAAGACAUCCCGGCUUGUAGAGCGGGGCUCGUGGGCGGAACGCCGGGAGAGCUGAAGCAUCCAGCCGGCGCCCCUGCCCCCACAGGCGCGACGCACCCAUGCUUGGCUGGCGCGGCUCUGGAUGUCACCGGACCCCUGCGCAAAGCCAAAUCCUCGCGGCGAAACGCGUGGGGUAACCAGUCCUACGCGGAUCUCAUUACCCGCGCUAUUGAGGCACACCCAGAAAAGAGACUCACACUGUCACAGAUAUACGACUGGAUGGUCCGUUAUGUGCCCUAUUUCAAGGAUAAGGGCGACAACAGCUCAGCUGGCUGGAAGAACUCAAUCCGUCACAACCUGUCCCUCCACACACGUUUUAUCCGGGUGCAGAAUGAGGGUACAGGGAAGAGUUCCUGGUGGAUGCUCAAUCCAGAUGGAGGGAAGAUGGGCAAGGCCCCGCGGAGACGAGCAGUCUCUAUGGACAACAGCACGAAAUACCUAAAAAGCAAAGGCCGCAUCAGAGGCAAGAGAGUCGGCCGUCCUGGGAUUGGAGCUGGGUCUGCUGUGGUGGGGCUCCAGAGCUCCCCAGAUCAUGGCAGCCCUUCACGGAAAGGCCUCCCGGGAGCCGGAGGUGCAUCUGGAACAGAUGGAGAGUUUGACGCUUGGACAGACCUCCACUCCAGGGCUAGUUCAUCAGCUUCUACCCUGAGUGGGCGUCUGUCACCCAUCCUCGCAGAGGGAGAACCAGAGGAACCAGAGGAGGGUGGCCUCUCCUGUUCCACCUCCCCUCACCUCUACCCCUCACCAACUAGUGCACGCUCUCCAUCCAUGGGUGCUGGGAAUCACUGUCCUCCUCUUGAGCAGCUGCCUCAGCUGGCUAAUCUGACAGGUGCCAUCAGCCUGGAUGAGCAGAUGAUGGAGGAUGGUUAUCAUCGUCAUCAUUCACAGCAGCAGCAGCAACACCAGCAGCAUCAGGCUAUUGGCAGACAUAAGCACCAAACCGCUGUCUAUCACUACAACUCUGGAGUGAAGGGACAGAGCUCCUAUGGGUCAAGUGUCUAUGGGACAACAGGCAUGGGGAUGCUGCGUCACCACUCACCCAUGCAGACCAUUCAGGAGAACAAACCAGCCAGUUUUUCCGGAACCAUGCGGGCAUACUCAAGCACUAAUGCCCUGCAGAGUCUGCUAACAGGGGGUCCAGCUGGACAGCAAUACUGUCCCAAGGACAUGAUGCUGGGACAGGAGAGGGAAAGCCAUUCUCUGAUGAGUCAAGCUACUAAUGGAGUGGGAUCCAAUCAUCACAGCCACCACCCUGGCCUCCACAAUGGCCACAGCCACAAUGGACCACAAAGUCACAGCUCAGCUCAUAGCCAUAACAGAACUCAUAGCCAUACUCCCAGUCAUAAUCACAACAAUGUAACCAACCACAACUCACCUCAUAGCCUCACUCACAACGGUCACAGCCUCAGCCAGAGCCAUAACCACACACCGCCCCGGGCUGUGUCCCUGACCCCACGUGGCAGCAACAAUCAGUUGCAGACCUACAACCAUAAAGCUCCUUACCUGUACAGUCCCCCGUCACAUGCCCACCUUCCUGCUUCUACCACCCUCCCUCCAAAUCCAGCAGGUAUGCUAGGCAUGCCCCAGGACUCCUGUCACGUUGCCACGGCCCCCCACCCACGUCACAACCAUUACCCAGACCCACAACACCAAGGCAUGAGUAAUGGACCAUACCACCAUGGCCAUGGGAUGGGUAGUGGUAGCACUGGUAGCAACUAUCAUGUCUAUCAUCAGCCUCACCCCCAUGAGAGACUACCAGCUGACCUGGACAUUGACAUGUUCCAUGGCAGCUUAGACUGUGAUGUGGAGUCCAUCCUCCUCCAUGACAUUAUGGACUCUGGGGAGGAGAUGGACUUUAAUUUUGACUGCUCCUUAGCUCAAGGGGUGGGCAUCGGCAUGGGUAUGGGAAUGGGUGUGACCAUGGGUAUGGGGAUGGGAAUGAGUGGAUUGGCUGGUCCACAGCAAGCCCAUAGCAACCAGAGCUGGGUGCCUGGCUGAAGUCAAGGACAACACAUUUAACCCUCAGAAAGAACGUCCCUCUUCAUGAAGCACUGUGCACAACUGUGACAUUCCUGAUUUGACACAAAGACUAUAAGACCCACACUCCCAUGUCUCUCUGUUGUCUUGACAAUUCCACUGUUACCCCUCCUCCCCUUUUUCUUUUAGAUCACUCUCUAGUUCAUGUAACAUUAAGUUGUUCCUCAAAUCAGCUAUACUGUGAUGACAAUCUCUCAGCUGUGCUUGCCCAAGAUCGCUUCUCAUCUACCAUGAGAACUGAACUCUGAAUGCACUUUAUUGCAAGUGGGUCACAUCUCACGGUGUAAUGCCUUCACAGAGCAGCUCAGGCAGAGCUUGGCAUGUUUUGUAAGGUGGCUGCAGUACUUGACAAGAACAAAUGAGGAAUAACAAGCCCUGCUAAUAAAGUGUCAGAUUUAGGCACUGAAUUUGCUUAUAUACUGCCAUUUUUUUAAAGGUUAGGAGAAUUAUUUUUGGCAGAAAAAUUCCAAAGUUGUUUGUGAUUGGAGCCUUGAUUUUUCAAAUGUAGUGGUUACUUAAAAUUUACACAUUUCUUAUCAGUUUCUUACCUUAAUUUAAUAUUUGAAUUAAUGCAAUAUCCCUUGAGACUAGCUACAAUGUAACUGUACACUAGACUUCAAUAGAGCUCUGAUCUAGCCAGUCUGAUGAAGCCAGUUCAUCAUUUGAAAGAUGACAUUCACUUAUUAAUAAGCUCCAGUUAAUUAUCUUACAUCAGCAGCCCUGUUGUUUACAGCUUUAUGCAUUUAUGUCUUGUGCUUUGACUUUUCUCUCAGAUGCAACAUUUUGUUUUUCUGCUUCUUUGCCAUUGGUUCGAGAACAUUGUCACCAUGUCAUUAAAUGGAUUCUAUCAUUAGUGGCUAGCUUGCAAUGUGGUGAAUUAAAUUGCCAUAUCACCUUGUCUCACCUGGGCCUCUUGUACUAGUUCCUCUCUCUCUCUCCUUCUCUGUCUCUGUCUGCGAGUGCAGACAAAGUAACAUUCCUCACACCAAGCCAUUAAUGUAGGUUGAUUGAAAUUCAGCAUCUUGCUUUUAAUCUCCAAAGUGAUGCAGCAGCGAUGUGUCAUUAUUGAGAGGCUAACGUCUUGUCCUCCUAUCUCUCACCUCGGCUGCCCGGGCCACCUCUUUCCUCUCCAGCUUAAUGCGCCAAGAAAGUGAGACAAAAUAGUGAUUAACGCCAAGUCACUCUGCCUGCUGUCCUGCUCUGAGAAGGGCCAAUGUUACUGGCCACAUGCCUGCUCAAAAUGGGUAAACAAAAAGAAAAGAUGGAUACAAGGAUAGAACAAAAGCCUGUUGUUGCAGUGGGAUCAAUCAUCAGCCUUAGUUUCCAUUCCUUUUGGAUGUGUGUCUCUCAAAACAGGUCAUGUAACUCCUAUUGUAAAUUGUCUCCAUUGUCUGCAUUUGGUUCCCUUGUUCCCAUGUUUUCAGUGCUUAUACCCUGAGCUUCAAAUACUCAAACAGGUGCAAAUGGAGAUAUUUAAGGAGAAAACAAUCAGCCAAUCUCAGUGGCAUGAUUCUUUGUCAGAUAGGGUUGUAAUGCCCCACAGCCAUCCACAUCCACUUUUGUGUGUUUAUUCUGUUGUCUUGUAGAUGUUGUUGUACUGUUGAAAUUGUAAGGACUGAUGAGGACAGUGCUGAAAUAUCCAUAGUGUAAGGAUGGAAUCCACUGGUGAAAUUAUUUUGGUAGCGCAGUAUGACCUUCCAAAGCUUCAACAGUGUGCAGCCCUCCCAUAUGUGCUCUGCUCAGUUGUUUCUGCAUUUGUGAGUGGGGGAGUCUACAGCUUGUUUCUCACUGGCCUUGAGAGAGAGAAGAAAAGAGGACACCCCUAUUCUUUAAUUCCCUCAAGGAGACUCUCCACACUGGGUCUGUACAAAGUACGGCACA